GUCUAGUUCGGGCGGAACACUCAGCCUGCGGCGAGACAUCUUUUAAAACCUCCCAGGUUCAUCAUGCUCUCCGAAGACGUUUUGAAAGGGUUAUUAGUAUUGGUGGUCGAUGUAACGUUUUGCAGCUGGUCGUCAAUGGUGUGUGUACAUGUGACGACGUCGACCGCCAUGACCGUUGAUAUUGCGGCGCGAAAACGACCCUUCAAUUCUACGCCCAUUGGAAUGAGAAGAACAAUGCCCAUUUACUGUGACUUCAUUUGGGGAAGAAGGAGGUCGCGACUGUCAGCUGCUGAGUUAGAUUUUCAACAACCGUUUGCAAGAGUUAGGUUAUUCAUGGUCAGCCGGAGUUGAUACAUUUUACACUCGACUAAUUGGGCAGUUGCAAACGCAUAUAUAUCAUAAAUACAGGCGGU